UAGAUUGUGCUGACUCCGUACACACGCACCAGAUGGUCCAAGUGCUUUGCAGAUGCCCCGGAUGGUUUUUAAUUAAAAACGCCAUCUACAAUUUUGGUCAUGUACCAAUUAUUUGCAGUUCUAUGCACAUAAUUCUUUAAAUAAUCUUGGCGAUGCCCCCCAUAACAUUCAUCUCCAUUGAUCACAACCCUAGUCAUGCGUCUUAUCUCCAAGGACUAGUUCUACAGGACAUAUUCUUAUCUUAUCUAAUAUAUGAUUUGACUAUCUUUUAGUUUAAUACUAUAAUUUUAUCCUGAGCUAAAUACGUAAAUUAUCAGAAACAAAAAUAUACAAGCAAAUGACGGUUUCUUGGUAUUUGAUUUAAUCUUUUUUUUUUCAACACGUAUUUGAUUUAAUCUAAUAAGCUUUUUUAGCCUAUAUGUCACUAUCUUCAUUUUAGCUUGUUUCCUCAAAUUAUAUGUAGUUGUUUUCCCAUGUGUGUAUGUGCGGUGUCGGGAUCAGCUUAGCAGAGUGGCUUGCGAAAGUCUCCAAAAUCACAGUUGACAUUUAAUAUUUGAUUUAUGUAAUAAAGUAUAUAAUAAAACAUGUUUAAAAAUGUGAAAAGAGAAUGUGUACCGUGGACCUGGCAUGGGGCAUCAAAUUGGAAGAAUGAUGUUUCAUAUAUUUUAUGUUGUUAGAUAUUUUUAACAAAUAUCAAUACAUAAGUAAAUGGACCAUUUAGGGAAAAGGUUAGUUUGUGACAGCUUGUUUUCUGUUAAAAUUUCAAAUGGACGCUUUUUUGAGCUGGAUAGAUAAUCAAGAAGGGGAAUUUGUUUAUAUAUAUAUGCGAGGAGCAACUAGACAAUGACAAGUCUUGCUUUGAUUCUGUCAACAUUAACCUGAGAGGAUCCCAAAGGCCUCUUUCAUGUAUGUAAUUCACAUGUGAUUUUGCACCAGCUGAACGCAAACAUUUUCCAGAAGCCAACUUGUCUCCUGUUGAAAAGUUGAACCCUUCUUCUUCAUGUACCCCACUCCUCCACCUAAUUAAUAUAUACCUAUCGACUCUCUUCAUCUCCACCAUUCUUCACCGACAGACAGAAAUAUCAUCAUCUGUAUCUUACAUUGGCUGUUUUUAUUCUUCUGCAAGAAACCAGAGAAAAGAAAAAAAAAACAAAUUUAGGGAUGGGUUUCUUAGAGUUAUUGGAAGUGGCUUCGAUGCCUAUAGUCCAAGUUCUCCUAAUCAGCGUCCUUGGUGCUUUCUUGGCAACCGAUUACUGCUCUCUUCUCUCGGCUGAUACCCGAAGAUCCGUAAAUAAGCUCGUCUUCGUGGUCUUCACCCCCUGCAUCAUGUUUGCCAAUCUUGCCCAGACUGUCACAUUGCAGGACAUUAUUUCAUGGUGGUUCAUGCCUAUAAAUGUUGGAAUCACCUUUCUAGUAGGAGGUAUUCUUGGAUGGUUGGUUGUCAAGCUGCUCAACCCAAAACCCCAACUUCAUGGUCUCAUAAUCGCGACAUGUGCCUCAGGCAAUAUGGGAAACCUUAUGCUUAUUCUGGUCCCUGCCAUUUGUGAUGAGGAAGGCAGUCCUUUUGGGAAUCGAAGUGUCUGCAGAUCCAUUGGACUAUCCUACGCAUCUUUCUCUAUGGCCCUCGGGGGUUUCUAUAUUUGGACAUACAGUUACCAACUUGUGAGAAGCUCUGCUACGCAGUUCAGAGCUCUUGAAGCCGCCGGUUUGGCCAAGUCUCCCAACAAGGAAAUCGACUCUGAUCCCCGGACUCUUCUCCUGAAGCCGCAACAAAACCAAGACCUUGAAAUCCAAGUGAAAGAAAAGGUGUCUACGGGGACAUACAUCAAAGACUUGCUCCAUCAGAUUCUUGAGGAACUCUUUGCGCCACCCACUAUUGGUGCCAUUCUUGGUUUCGUCUUCGGAGCAACCAAUUGGCUGAGGAAUCUUAUAAUCGGGGAGAAUGCCCCGUUACGAGUCAUCCAAGAUUCAGUGAAACUACUUGGGGACGGCACAAUACCUUGCAUCACACUCAUACUUGGGGGCAACCUGAUUCAGGGUCUGCGUUCCUCAGCCGUGAAAACGUCAGUGAUUGUGGGAGUGAUCUGUGUGAGGUAUAUCAUCCUUCCCGUGGUGGGUGUAGGGGUGGUUCAAUUAGCAUGGAAUUUAGGUUAUCUUCCUCCGGACCCUCUCUUCCGAUACGUUCUCAUGCUUCAGUUCACACUUCCACCUGCCAUGAAUAUCAGUACAAUGGCACAGCUGUUCGACGUCGCUCAAGAUGAGUGCUCGGUCAUCUUUUUGUGGACCUAUUUGGUUGCAUCCUUAGCCCUCACCGUGUGGUCAACCAUAUUCCUCUCUAUUCUCUCCUGAAUCUGCAAAUGGUUGUAUUACUUGUAUUGGUGUAUAUUAAGUACUAUGUUUGGUUUGUUUGAGUACCAGUGUAUUCAUGUUGCAAAAUAAAACAGAGAAAGAAGACCUAAAAGAAGUCUUGUCUCUGUUUUCUUUUCUUUUCUUUUUUUCUAAAAAUGAGGUCCCAUAGAGAGAGAGAGAACCCAAGUAGGAGGAGAGGCGUGUUGAAGUUGAGCACAUAAUAAAGAAAGAAAUGUGCGCGCGGUUGGAUCUUCCAAUGUUACUUUGCUGCUAGUGGUUCGCCCCUUUUCACUAAUUUCAGAAACUUCUACGCACUUUUCCUCCCCGCCUUAACUAUAUCGUUCUGUAAUUUUUUUUUACAUUUAUUAAGAUUUUUAAACAAAUUGUUCUAAAUGAGCAAACAGCUAAUAAUAAUGAGUCCACCGGAAAAAUUGGAUAAGCCAAGUAUAAGAAGGAUGCACUAAAAUGAUCAAUGAUUGAACAAAAUAGGUAUCGUCUUUGACCUAGAAAAGCAUUGUAAUAAACCAGUCUCAAUGAUCAUUUAGUAAGCUGGCCAAAGAAAGGGCCCUGGAGCUCAUGCAAUGCUAUAGACUCAAAUGAUGCAAUUUCCACUUUGUACUUGCCAACACUAGGGCAGUUCUAGACAAAGAGAAGCCUACGCAUUAAAAUGAGGAUAGACCUAGAAA